AUGUUGUUGUCACUUUCCAAUGACACCAAUAAAAGUCCACAGGUCUGUAACUUGACGAAGCUCUCCAGUCGAUUUCUCAAUUUCAGGCAGAUCACUCUCUGCAAUGGAACGCCGUCCACGCCUUCCUCCUUCUGCUCAUUGUGCUCGUCGUCGUCGGCAAUACGAUGGUGAUCUUCGCAGUGGCGGUGGAUCGGAAGCUGCGUUCCGUCACCACCAACAAGUUCAUCGCCUCGUUGGCAGUCUCGGACUUGCUCGUCGGACUGAUCGUCAUGCCGCUCUCGCUCUACUACAAGAUGCAUAACGAUCACUGGACGCUCGGAUACACCUGGUGUCAGUUUCACCUGGUAUCAGGUGUUUUCUCCACCACUGCCAGCAUCGUUCACUUGGUCGCAAUCAGUCUGGAUCGGUACUUUGCGAUCAUGUUUCCCACGGAGUACCAGAGACAUUCUGUGUCCACGUCCACUGUGCCGUACGUGGUUAUGAUCUGGCUGAUGGCCCUGGCAGUCAGCUCCACCCUUUUCAUGGAGCAGAGGGACUCUUUCGAUGGAAUCUGUUGGAUCAGCAAUCCCCAGUACAUCGUUCUCUCCUCGUUCCUUUCUUUCUUCCUGCCAGGAGCCAUUGUCGUCUACCUUUAUAUGAAGAUCUUCAAAAAGCUGCGAAAUCACCAGCUCUACAUGUUCGGCCAGCUGACUCAUCGUGGAGGAGACCGGGAGCGUCGUCACUCGCUGCCACGUGUCAUCAUCGAGGAAGUUCGUUCGAGGCGCGGCUCCCGGAUGUCUCAGACCGGAUCUCAGUCGGGAAGUCCCACGCGAAGACAGAGCGGCGGAAGCAAGGAGAGAUCUCCAAGCCAGCCGGACAUCCACACUGUGGCGAAGCCUCAGCAGAGGUGAGUUACUCGCUCGAUUGGAUUGGUGCCCGGUCCAACUUCUUUUAUGAGUCUCUCUUGGUGGAAAAAGCCAAUCAAGAACAAAUUGAAUCGGUCGGGGCUCUGGCUUCGUCGUCGAGAAGAGGGCCCUUGGGGAAAUUUAUCGCCUUUUUUGCCUCCAUUUUCGCAUAUCUUUUCUCGCACUUGAUCACGUGUCCGCGUGUUUUGAGAUAGAAUAGGCAAACUUAAGAAUCCACAGCUCACAUGUUAGUUUUUCUUCCCUGAAUACGAACUAAUUGUGCGCGGGCUAAGUGUCAAGCAUCAGGCUCCUCGAAACUAGAUGGAUAGGAGGGAGCAAACGGCAACUUUUAAUUAAAUUUUUCAUCACGAUCGAAGACGGACGUGAAAAAUUGCAUUUCCAUUUAUGGGCGAUGCUUUCUGAAGUCCUUCUUACUGCGAAAUUUACAAUUCAAGGGCACAUUGCGCCGUUUUGCAGAUGGAGAUCGCCGACGAUUUGUGCAGAAACACUGGCUCACGACCGGUUGCUGGCGGCCAAGAAAAGGGUGUCGAUUGUGCCGGAUCCGCCGUCAAUGGAUGUGUCGGUGAACAUGGCAUCUAUGGAUCAGAUGAAGGAUGAACAUCAUCAUAAUCGACUGAGAGAGGAGGAACUAUUGGGGUGCGAAGCGGGGCUGAGGAAGAAGAGUGAAGAGGAAGUGAGGAAACUGAGCGAUGAGCGGAAGGUUGGGCUGAAUGAAGACGCUCUAGGGAUGAGUUGAGAUUUCAGAGAGUGAUCUACGAACGACGACGAUCUAGCACAUCGGAGAAUCCCAACGGAGUGCCCAUUAUGCAAGCCUUCCAGAAAGCAUACCAGGAAGUGAGAGCGGGAAGAAGGAGGUCGACAAUCCAUGACAGUGAGUCAUUCCCCGGGGACGCAUUCUUCAACUCGAACCCUUCUUUCAGCUUAUCACUUUCCAUCUCUCACGACGGUCGCUGAUGAUGAGCCCGCCACUCCACCAGAAGAUGAGAAGGAGAAGGAAAGGGACGAGUCGACCAUCAUGCACAAACUGUCGAGCGGAUCAAGCAUUGCAGAGACUGUCAUUGCCAUGCUCCCCAAGACUUCGACUUCGCUCUCCAAAACUGAUUCUCAUGAAGAUUCAGUGUCUACGGAAGCCAGUCAGAAGCCUCUUCUGGGUCCGCCAGCUCAUCAUUACACCAAGAAAUCGCAACAGCAACAGUUACGAUAUUCCCCUUCCAUUCCGGCUCCGACGUUCCUGAUGGUUCCCGCGAUGAUGUCUGUGAACACUCCUCCAGCCACUCCCAACACAAAGGAGGCUCCGCAGAACUGUUCGUCCCUGCUCCAGGUCCCUCGACUAUUCGACUGUCCUUCUCCGUGCAGUGUGCCGAGCAACAGCAGUCAUUCUUCGUACACUUCUGCCAGCGGAUCCAGUGACACGUACCGCCGCAUCUCGAUGAACAGCUACGGAAGCAGUCUGACGGACGGAACGGAAUCCACGUUCGAGUGCGACUCCAGAAGAUCGUCGGCGUGGUCGACGAUUCGAGCAGCCGUGUUUGAUCGGCAGCAACUGAGGGGCGGGAAGGCGAGUGUGGACAUCACGGUCGACAGAACUGGCUCUCCGCAGAAAAAGAUGUCGACGAUCAGCAGGGGCAAGCUGAGGAGGAUUGCGACACAAGUGACGAGGGCGAUCAGGAGGAAGCGGAGGGAGUCGAUGGCGAUCAGACGGGAGUCACGAGCAACGAGGGUGGUCGCAGCCAUCCUAAGUGAGUUCUUCUCCGACUUGCUCAUUCAUUUCGUAUCCGUUCAGUCGCUUUCCUCAUCUGCUGGAUUCCGUACUUCUGCAUAUCCAUCGUCCGCGGCGUUCUGAUGGGAUUCCAAGUGAACAUCAACACUCCAAUUCAUCUGACGCUGUUUGUUUACACCUCGUGGCUAGGUUAAUCAACUCUCCAUUAUUUCCCCGUCACAUUAUUUUCUGCUGUUUUCAGGCUACGCGCAUUCGUGUUUCAAUCCCUUGAUCUACAUGUGUCUCAACAAAAACUUCCGGAACACAAUGAGAAAGAUGAUGCAAAAAACGAAAGCAGCCGAACACGAAUGA